GUAUGUCGUGCCUCUGUUUGUGUGCGUGUGCAGAAUCCUCAAAUUCUGAACAGUGAGUGAAGGGAAUGGGGAAAAAACUGAAAUCCUAAAGAAAUAAAUGGAAAGAGGAAAGAAAAAAGGGUGAAAAGAGGAGCUUCUGCUUGGAUGUAGUCGUUGGGAGACAGAUGCUGAGGACGGAACUGUAUGGAAAGAGGCAAUCUAAGGAGAGAGAGAGAGAAAGAAAGAGAUUGUAAGGGGGAGGAAGAGGGGGAGGCAGAAGAGACGAUCUGCUGAAGGGAAGCAGCAGAUUUUUACAAGACCCUCGGCAGCUCCCUUCUGUUGCUGUGGAGAUGGGCUGUUGGCUCUCUGGACCAUGGAUGGGUGACCAAACGAUGAAUGGGCGGAGUCUAGCACACCUAAGCCAGCGGGAUGCUUUGAGGAUUAUUGCUGCAAGUCAGCGCCCCAUUACCCUGCAGAUCAAGGGCCAGAGGAGGCGGGGUAAUGACGGAGACAGGGGCUCCUGGGAACCCCUACCACUUAACCUGCAGCAUCUCAACCUACCUCUUCCUAUGAGGGGGACAGGAAUGAACACAUCUAGCCCCUCCUAUCCAGACAGGCAUUACUACAGUCACCUGUCUCUGCCACAGGAUCACUGUGAUGGAGGAUGGUAUAGCUAUAUGUCAAGCUCUCCACAGGACACCGUAGAAAUCAACCAUCAGGAUCUAGAACUCGCCAGUCGUCGACAAAAGAGGAAGAACUGUCUGUUGGGAUGUUGCAAUCCUGAUUUAGAUGAACCUACCACUUGCCACAGCCAGACAGAUGAUGAGGACUUCAUCCUGGAGAAGCCAUUGGGUUUCAUGCCCCUUCAUCAUGAGUUGGACAGUGGCCUGGGCUGGACCGAUGGCUCCCUCCAUCAAGGGGACCUCUCAGGACUGGAGACAGAGGAAGGAGGUCUGGAAGACUGUCAUCCACAUGGGAACUUUCCCACUGGAGGGUGUGGUGGGUUUGGAGGUGGGGGAUCUCCAUCCUCAGAGUCUUUUAUUUCCUCCGAGCUCAGCGACUCAGGCUUUUAUAGUGUAAGCACUGGGGAGUUCAGGCACUUCCAAAGGCUCCUAGAGAAGAGGAUGCGUCUGUACAAUGCCAGGAUGCAGCAUCAGAGUGAGCAAUGCGAGAGGCGAGAGAGACGUGACAGCUGCCCCAAGAGCCACCGAGAGCUGCUCGAGUCCAUACCAGAAGCCUUGACAAUGCAGCCCCCAUGUCAGCACCUACAACAUGAAGAUGGAGCCGGGCCGGUCAUGGAUGUCCAGCCUCGUGGACUUUUCAGGGUUUCUUCAGUCCAGUUUCAUAAAGCUGACCGACCAUGUCUGAACCGUCACAGCUCCAGCAGCGGAGCCCUCUUCAACCCCUCCCAUGCUGCAGUACCACGGAUUAAUGCUCCGGUCCUCUCAACCUGCAGCACGCCCUCCAGUCAUCGAAGACCACAUAUUCCGAUGCAGCCACAGUACAGCCACCAGGGUUCAAGCUCAGUAGGGAUGUUGAGGAGAAGCCGAACCCUUCACCAUCGACCUCCUCCACAGGAAUACCGACGUCGGGCCAGCCACCCAGCAUCACCUUCUUAUUGUGCUGCUACUCUUCACUACUGUGGAGGUGUCACGCCACACAAUGUCCUUCCACCAGGUCUGCCAGAGGAAACUGAGCUAGAUGCUGGUGUGAUGGCCUCCCACUCUACAGGCAUGACCCUAUCACCCCAACAACACCCGGCUGCUCUUGGGCAUGUCAGAGGCAGCAGCAGCAAUGAACGAUGCUACGACAACUCAAGUGGCCAGAUCACUCAAAAUGACUGGUGGCACACACAAGACAGGGACCCAAUGCCAGAGCCGAUGGCAGAAAGAGAAAGGGAGAUGGAGAGGGAACUGGAACAAAAGAGACAAUUGCAAAAGGAAAAGGAGAUAGAGAGGGAGAGAGAGAGGGAGCGAGAGAUUGAAAGAGAGAGGGAGAGAGAAAGGGAGAUGAAGCUUCAGGAGGAGAAGGAAAGAGAAAGGCAACUGGAACUAGAAAUUAGCAGAGCUAGAGAGCAGCAAUACCUCCAGAGUCAUGUUCUCCCAUCCCAGCCAGGAGACGUCAAUGAUACCUGGCCAAAACCAGCCAGUCGUCAGUCUUAUGGAGCUGGAGGAGGUAGAGGUCUCUAUAGCACUUUGGAAGGCCACACAGGAAUUGGUAAUGCUGCUGAAUGUGAGGCAAAGAACGGACAGAUAAAUGAAAAUCCCAGUUCUAAUCCCAGUUCUGGUCAUCAGCCAAAACCUAAUCAAAGCUCUAGACCCAACACCACGUCACGAGUCACAAGAAGCCAGUUGCUCAGAGACCGAGCACAUCAGCUGGCAGACGAACGAAGUGGAAUGAGCACAGAUGAAGAGACCAACACUGACAUGCUGCUGGGGCGCUACUGGAGUCGAACAGAGAGAAGAGAACAUUUUUUGUUGGCCAGGGAGCAAAAGCAGCAACAGUUGCUGGCCAGAGGAGGGCCUGUACGUGAUGCUGUGAGCAGGGGAGGAGCAUCUGCUGGAGAAGGAAGCUUAAUGGAGAGCAGGGGAGUCGGACCUUUUGCUGAAAGACGAUGCAAAACCGUCCUUGAGUUGAGUCAACGUAAGCUGAGUCGUCUGAGGAACAGAAAGCUGUUAGAUGACUGGACAACUGUAGAGGAGCUUCUGACUCAUGGGACCAGGUUGGAUAACCAGGAGGAGAUGAUAUGUCCAAGCUCCCUGUUGACAGUGACCACUGUCUAACUGCAUGUGUACAAUGUCUAAUUGAAACUCUGUGUGAGCAUACAUGAUCUUAAACUAACACUAUAACAUUGUCUGAAUCGUCUUGUUCUGUCUUUCUUAGAGAUGGAUGAACAGAUGGAUGUCAGCUAAGUAGGCAUCUAAAAGUCAGUUCUGUCAAAGUUUGGAUAAAAACAAACAAUGUGAGAAGAAAAUCAGCAGUGGCAGCUCUCCCAACAAAACUUCAACUUUCUUGGGUUCCUCAUAAAACUUCAAUUAGAUAUCCAGCCAGCCUUGGUUAAAUCACAUCUGCUUUGCUUUAGCUAUGACAUUUUUUUCUAAAAGCCCCAUUAGAACGGACAGCAGUAGAGUAUCUGGUAAUUGUGAAAUGGUUCAUUGCCCAGGCAGUGUGCGGAUGCGGUGGGGCUGAUGAGUUGUGUCGGGUCAGGAGCACUUCACAUAAGCAGCAUGUCUGUGGCAUUCAAACCAGUUUUGUAUUGAUUUUUUGCAUGCACAGUCAAUGGGCAGCACAUUGCUGGGCGGCGUCAAAUUCCAGCCUUUAACUUUAGAGCUAAAUUAAAUGGCUAUUCCUUUGUGUUUGAUCAAGUUUUGUACAAAAUAAAUGUAUAGGCCAAAUCUGUAAUGUAUAUAAUGAUAAAAUGUGAGGUAUAUUAUUCUACAACGAUUACAGACUCUCUAAAAUACAGUUUGCAGAAAGUUUAUUUCAUUUAUGAAAAUGCAUAAAACAGCUUGCAGUCUAUUACACAAAGGAGUAAAACUAAACACGUAUAUCCGACAUUGGGAUUUUAUGUGAGAUGCAGAUGGAAAGGCUUGCCCGAGACUCAAUUCAUUCUAGAAUCGUCUGACUUUAUCCACAGAUUGACACGUAUUACUGUUCCCCUGUUGUUCUUAGCUUAUUAUUAAGUGUGAGUUGUAAUUAAAGUCUUUUAGGACUUCAUUUGUUAUUAAUAUCUGAAGUUCAAAGACAAAACUGACAUCCAUUCUCUAAUUUCUCUGUGGAAGAAAGAACAAGAACAUUCCCACAAUAGUUGCAUUGUUGUUUUAACAAAUAUGCCUGGAAUGGGAAACUUCACUCUCAUUGCUUUGCAUCACCUCAACUGAUAGCUUUAUGUGUGGGUGUGUGACCACUGUACAGCACUCCGGACCAAACGUGUGAGUCAGUGCAUGACGAUUGAAAUGCUAAACAAAUGAGCAAGGUCUGAUAACCUUGUAUGUGUUUGCACCAUGUGAUUCAUGCUACACACAACACAGUAUAUUUCACACAAUCUUUAAAAUAAUUACAGAUAUUUGGGUUUGGAUCUCCAAGAGGGGAUCAAAUAUUUUCAGGAGCAAUAUUGCUGUGCUAGAUAUUAGUUCUUGUCACACAUUCCUCUCACGCAUAUUUAAAAAAGACAAAAAUCAGUUAUAGCAAUGCUAGGCAACAUGAGUUUUGAUACAAAAUCUCAAACUUAUCUUUUUUUUUUACUUAUUUAAUGAAACCAUAUUUAAGAAAAGGAGUCUACAUAGGUUUGUUCAAACACAAAUGAAUACAUAUGCUGCAAUCUUUAGGAGGUAUUUUAUGCUGCAUUUAUGUAACACUGUUGAUGCCAAAACAAAGAUAUGUAAUACAAAGCUGUGUACAUCUGAUUGUAAAAAAAUCUAUUUUAAGAAAAGUUUUAGAUGAUUUAGAGUAAAAAAAGCAAAGACAAAAAAACAGUGGUAAAUUGGUCCUCAUUUCUACUUAUCUCUAAUUAGAGUCUUCUGUUAGGACUGCUAUAAAUAUGAAGGGAUUUACAGCGACUACACUAUUAGUAGCUUUAAUUCCUAAUAUGAUAAUUACAGUAACUUGUCUACUGCUGUUCCUACUAUUUUCAAUUACAUUCUGCAUUUACCACUUAGACCUGACUGGGAGAACUAAAGUAUACACUGAUAUUUUAUUAGCUAUUUAUGCUUUAAUACAGAACACUUUGGUUAGAGACAUGAAUGCAGCAUAGAAUAAUCAAUCCACCAUACAGUAGCUUAUGGCUCUCCUUUCCUGCCAGGGAUUUUACAAUCGGCAGGAUGUUUACAGUUCUACGCAUAAAGCAGUUUAUGCAUGUUUACUCCAAUUCAGAGUGGCAAGUUGACUGCAGAGAAAAGGUUUUCAAGUAAUGACAGGAGAACUUUGAUAAACCAUGUAUAUCAGGGACGUGCUGAAAUCCGCAACGUCCGUUCUGCAGGUAGAGCUCAAGAGACAUUCCACUUCAAGCUUGUGACAGGUCCGCAGUUCAGGAACAAGUGCAAUAAUACCUCAAGUUAGUUUUAUCAAGGUAAAAUAAGGUGUAAGAUUUUCAGUGAAUGCAGAAACUGGUUUUAAAUAAUUACAGAUGCACAAAGUGACAAGACACCACAAGUGCACAGUAAUCUUGGAGUCUGCAGCGUCAACAGCAACAGUUAUAGAGAUAUUUACAGUGUUUUCCAUGAGAGGGACCUAAGAAGAAAAAAACUUUUUGCACAUCCUUUUUAUAUAAAAAGUUUUCCCUACCUUUCUGUACCAGGGACUUAGGCCAGUGGAACAACUGUAGAUAGAACAACAGUGUUUGUUGAUGUUAUCUUUAUAAAACUGUCAUAGUAUUUCAUGGAGGAAAAAAGUAGUUUAUUGUGAUUGUGUUGGACAUAUUUCAAUAUUUUCUUGUGACGGUUUCAAAACCAACGUGGACGAUUUUAAUGAUCUUCAAAUCCUUCGAUUCUAGUUAAGUCAUUUAAAAGCUAGUGAGGUUUUCUUUUGCUUUUCUUAUGGAGAGAACACACUAUAUAAAUAUUAUUGUCUCUAAAUAGAUUUUUGAAAUAAGAUUUACUGUUGUUUUGUGUCAUUCUGACAUGUACAUAUUGAUUUUGUCACACAGUGCGGCUGAGUGUGAUGAGGGGAUGAUGGUGCCAUCUGAUGCCUCCAGUGGUUUUUCAUGUGAUUCUGUAGUUUUAUAGCUGUGUUAUAGGAGGCUGUAUAUACAGCACAGAGAAGAAACUUGUAUCAUCAAAAUAUUUCAAACAACACGUCAUUGUUCAUACGUGAUUUUUCUGUUAGUUUUGAAAAUGAAGAGUGCUAUCCACACAUUAUAUUAUAUGAAGAGAACCUCUAGUUUAUUAUUAUUAUUUGGAAAAAUUUUUUUGCAUCUGGCUGUUUGGAAUGAGGUCGACCCAGAUAUUAACUAUUUUAUGAUAAAAAAAAAGUGAUGGAAACAAGAAUUUAGAAUGAUGCCCUCUUGCCCUUUCUUUUUUAUAAUUUUAAAAAUAUCACCGAUUGCAUAAUAAAACUGAUGAUUUAAAGACAUAUCCCAGGUUACACAGACUUUGGAUAUGCUUUUUUUUUCUUUGGCUGAAAAAAUUGUCAGAAAUGUGCAAGUGGACUCCAUUUUUAUUAUAUUUUAAGUUACAUCAGUUGUUUUUUUUUUGCCAACUUUGGCUUUAGAAAGCGAAAUUGCUCCACUCCAUGGUAUUUGCUGAUGUAAAAAUGUUCAAACUGAUUAUUUUUUCCUCAUUCGUUACAUAAUCAGUGAAAAAAGAACUACUGACAAACUAGUUUAUGCAGUGUAAAGCUCUAACCUAUUUUCUCUCUUUAAAAUAUUCACUCAUUUAAAUAUGUUACUAUAAAGAAAAGAGGCAGAUAUUUUGUAAUGGUUCAAAAUUGUCAUUUGGUAGGUUUAGAUUUGCAGUUAUGUUUAAUUUUGACCUAAAUAUUUCUCAGCCAUUAAACACUGAAGGCAGACAUCAGUCGCAUUGAUUAAGAAGUUUUAUGUUAAACACAAAAUCUUGUUUACAUGUAAAUUAUCUUCCCCACCCCCCCAGAAUCCCAGUAUCAAAUUAUUUUGAAAAAUGUCCAUGCCAUUUCUAAUCAGAAACACGUGUCUUAUUUAAAUGAAAAUCAUUUGAAAUGCAAAUACAUACAUAAUCAAUGAUGAUGUAAAGUCAUAUUUAGUAUUUGCUUCUAGUUAAAGAUUUUCUACUUAAAACUAGUGAAAAUUUCACAGUCAGGAUUAAUAGUUUAGAGGAGACCAAUAAAACAGCUUUUUUAAAAAGGUUAUUAUUUUGAAAGGGUCCCUUAACCAAAAAAAAAAAGAAGCCUACUCAUGUUCUAAUUAAUUGAUGAGGAUUUCAUAUUUUGGUUCAGAAAUAUCCAACCCUUCAUUAUAAAUAAUGUGUCAUAAAUUCCCAGGAUGAGUCUGCAUAAAACAUGACUACCUUUUAAAUAAAUGAACCACUGCAUUCAGAAAAACCCUAGGUAAAGCACUGGCACAAAAUCCUUAAAAUAAAUUGUUAUGAAGAUGUGUGAUCUAUGCUGCUGUUUUAAUACUAAAUUUAAUACUGAAUUUAUACUAAUUGAUCUCCUCCACCUGACUAUGUGAUGUGGAAAGCUAAAAUUGGAUCCUCUCCCAGCCUAUUGUGUAACCUGUUAGCAAGCAGCUAAUUUCUUGUAGCCAUUUUCUAACUUAAAGAUAAAUAUAUUGUAAAGAUCCCAACAUCUGGCUGGCUUGGAUGGGGUUUCUUUCCAAAUCCAGGCAGAUAAUUGCAAUAAUCGACAAGAAUUGGGACGCUGAUGUUAAUUUAUUAGAAAAACAAAUGCAUUUUUUUUUUUACUUUUUCCUAAAUAAAAUUUUCGUCAAGUUAAAGAUUUGAUUUAGUCUCAAUUAGAUAAAAUGAUGCUGCUGAACUAAAAUAUAUAUUAUUUUGAGGAUUUUAACUAAUUGUCACCUCAGGGGAUAGUAAACGUGUAGAGAAUGGGUUGUUUGAAACUGAAAAAAACAAAUCACCAUGAUAGCAUGUCGGACUAACAGUGGCACCAGAUUAAUUUAUUAUGUAUUCUGGAUUGAGUCCAUUAAGUCAAACUUUGCAUUUCUUUCAGCCUUUGUAUAUAUGAUCUCUUUUUGGAUUGCAUUAACAUUUGAUAGGUUUGACCUAAGGUAAACAGAGAACAUGGUGGUUAAGCAACAGAAUACUUGGACUUUAUUUCUAUAUUCCUCUCUCUAACUCUCUCGGUUGUGAUUCAAGCAGUCUGAAUAAUGGAUGACGAAGAGAGAAAUUUUUCCUGCCGCCCACCCCCCCUCACCCUCUUUGCUUACGUUACACGAGGACACGGAUGGCUGAAAAUAGCGCCUCUGUCCUCAUUGGAUGUGAAAUUAAAAGCACACUCGAGCGGAGACACUUGCUGCUGGUGAACAAAAAACACUUGUUCUACUCCAUCUGACAAUCCCUCCAUCCAGCCUGCAAUACCAAAAACAUCUGUCUGUGUAGGGAUACAUGUACUUUUCACUAUGGCAAGCUUUUUGAAAUAUGAUGAUGUACAUGUGAUUGUAAUAAAGAGAUUUUA